AACAAACAAGCAAUUCUUUCCGGCGGUUUUGCAAAUUAUAGUCCGAUUUUCUCGCGAUGGAGCAAAAAUUGAAACUGUUAAUUUGCGGCGAUGUUCGAGGAAAGCUGAAAUCAUUUUUCGCGCGCAUUGAAAAUGUAAACAAAAAGAGCGGUCCGUUCGAUCUGGUGCUUUGCGUUGGGGAUUUUUUCGGCCAAACCAACGAAAUGGACACACUGCAAGAAUACAAAAGAAAUCUCAAAACAAUAUCCGCACCAGUGUAUAUUCUCGGUCCAUCCAACCAGACACUAGCGCAAUACUACAGUGAAACGCAGGACGGUGAUAUAUGUACAAACCUCAGCUACCUGGGGAAGCGUGGUCUUUACACAACCUCCGGCGGACUUAAGAUUGCGUACCUCAGCGGAACGAGCAGUUCGCGGGAGGAUGCAAACGAAUGGACGUACUCGAAGGCAGACGUGAUGGCUGUGCGUGACUCAUGUUUAGCCAGCAAAGCUAACAUGGGAGAUUUCCGCGGUAUCGAUAUUCUAUUGACUUCCCAGUGGCCAGUUGGUGUUCGAGAAGAGGUAACCGACGGAUCGAAGCUGGUGUCUUGGUUGGCAAACGCCAUCAAGCCAAGAUAUCAUUUUUGUGGAUCAAAUGACGAGUUUUACGAAUCACCACCUUACAGAAGUCAACCAGAUAAAAGCACCCAAAUGGAGCUGGCAACUCGGUUCGUUGGGUUGGCAAGUUUCGGUAACCCGGAGAAGAAGAAACACAUCUACGCGUUAAGCAUCACUCCGGUGGAGAAAAUGCGCGUUCUUGAGCUGAUUCAAAAGACUACCGAUGAGAUGCCGUCCCCCUACCAAGGGCUUACAUUUUUCGAAGAAAGCGACAGCAAAGCACCACGCGACGCGGAACCCGACAAUCAGUACUUUUACGACAUGAACACGUACGACGACCGGCGUCACAAGCGCAAAAGUAACGAUCCUAACCAAGGGCAGAAGCGCCCUAGACCCACGUUCGACCAGGACAAGUGUUGGUUCUGCCUGUCGGCCGGUAGCAUCGAGAAACAUCUGAUCAUUUCCGUUGGAGACCACUUUUAUCUGGCACUGGCCAAGGGACCGAUUAACGAGACGCACAUACUGAUUCUCUCCAUUACGCACAUUCAGUGCGCGGCGCUUCUUUCGGACGCACAAUGGAGCGAACUGGUGCGAUUCAAAGAAGCGCUGGGGCAGUUUUAUGCCGACCGUGAGCAGAAAGUGUUCUUCUACGAGCGCAAUUUUAAGACGGGCCAUUUGCAGAUCAACGCUAUCGGCAUUGACGACAACGUAGCGUGGAAGAUACAGCACGUGCUGGAAGACAAGUCGGAAGAAUAUAGCUUUCAGCUGGAGAAGGUACCGAAGCUGGGCGGUCCAGCCGACUUGCCGGAACGCGGUCCGUACUUUGUGGCGGAACUGCCCGACGGUACGGUGCUGUUGACGCGGCAAAUGAAAGGAUUCCCGCUGCACUUUGGUCGCGAGGUUAUCUGUGCGGACAAUUUGCUCAAUUGCGAGGAAAAGGUCGACUGGCGCCAGUGUAACCUGCCGAAGGAGGAGGAAGACGUGAUGGUUAAAAAGUUCCGCGACAGUUUUAAACCAUACGACUUUACUGUGUGAGGG